AUGGUUCCCUGCUGCCGGGCUGUGUCGGUGUCCUGGUCCAGCCCGGGAGCCCGGGGUCUACGACCAGACUCGAUCCAAAAACGGAGAAGAGGACCUGAGAAAGUACCUCUGAAGCUGCAGUGUGAGCUGUGCAGCAUCGUGUCCAGCUCGGGGCAGAUGCUGGGCCAGGCCGCCGGCCCUCAGAUCGACCGCUCCCCCUGCAUCUGGAGGAUGAACAAUGCGCCCGCCCGGGGGUUCGAGCGGGACGUGGGCCGCCGGACCACCCUGCGGGUGGUGUCGCACACCAGCGUCCCCCUGCUGCUGCAGAGGCCGCAGCACUUCUUCGGCCAGGGCAACGACACCGUCUACGUGGUGUGGGGGCCCCUGCGGAACAUGAGGCGGGACGGGAAGGGCAUCGUCUACAACAUGCUGCGGCAGGCCUCCGAGAACUACCCCAACGCCCGCAUCUACGUCACCACGGAGGACAGGAUGAACUACUGCGACAUGGUUUUCAAGAAGGAGACGGGAAAAGACAGGUGA